AUGGCGAACGGUGGCCAAGAAAGCGAGCUCUUCGCUCAAUUGCUGCUCCUGCUAAUCCUAGGAUGCACUUGGGCCAUGGCUGGAGAGUUGGGUGCGGUACUGGUGGAGCCCAUGAGAGGCAUUCCUUUUAUCCACGUGCUACUGCGACACGAUCAUAUGCAGUCGGAUGCUCGCAACGGGAAUGCCGAGUGGCUUAUGCAACACACAAACAUGCCACACAGCAUGCACAGCUACGAUGAGCAGCAGCCGCUGGAGAUGUCCACCAGUUUGGCUGGUCUGGAUAUGCGUGACAGUUUUGCCUUGGUUAUCAGCCUGUCGCAACUGGUCUCGAAUAAAGGAGCUGCCGAGUCCACGGAGCGUGCCGGCAUCUACUUCUACAUUGUGGCUGACGUGGUUGGCAAUCUGAGCCAGCAGCAGCAUUUGAUGCUGGAGGAGAGCAGCCGUCAGCUGUGGAUUCGGCACAGAGUCUACAAUCGCUAUAUACUCACAGAUGUGGCCAUGUGGAUCUAUGAUCCGUUUGCACACAGUGAGCAUGGCGAUUGGGAUGGCAUCUUCGAUGCGUCAGGCAAUGACAAUGGAUUUGAGAAUGGUUUCGGCCGCCUGGUGCCUUAUAUGGAGGGCGAGGCGUUGGCCAAUCUCUUGUUUCACAACAUGAACGGUUAUCCGCUGCGUGUGCAGAUCUUCAAAUCGGUCUACUCGCGUCCACAGCUGGAUCGCAAGACGGGUCUGCUGCGACGUAUCACCGGCGUCGACUGGGAGGUGGCCAAGGUGAUUAGCGAGCUGCUUAAUUUUACAAUGCUGCUGCAGCAGCCGGAUAAGAACUACUUUGGGGAGCGAAGUCCCAAUGGGACCUACAAUGGUGUGAUUGGUUCCAUAAUAAACGAUGGUCUGGACAUCUGUCUGACGGGCUUCUUUGUCAAGGAUUAUAUGGUGCAGGAGUACAUGGACUUUACGGUGACUGUCUAUGACGAUAAGCUGUGUAUCUAUGUGCCCAAGGCCCGUCGCAUUCCACAAUCGAUUCUGCCCAUCUUUGCGGUGGGCUAUGAAAUCUGGCUGGGCUUCAUUCUGAUGGCGUUUGUGUGCGCCUUCAUCUGGAUGGUGCUGCGUGCGAUCAAUCUGCAGCUGCGCAUUGUGCGGAUGAGGGAUGAGCUACUGUGGCAGCAGGCACUGGCCAUUGUGGUGGACACGUGGGUCGUCUGGGUGCGGGUGAAUCUAUCGCAUCUGCCGGAUAGCUAUGCGGAGCGCAUGUUCAUUGGUUCGCUGUGUCUCGUCAGCGUCAUAUUUGGUGCCAUUUUUGAGUCGAGUUUGGCCACCGUCUAUAUACAUCCGUUGCACUACAAGGACAUCUUAACAAUGCAGGAUCUGGACGACAGUGGCAUUAACAUCGUGUACAAGUACAGCUCGAUGGCCGACGAUUUGUUCUUCAGUGAGACGUCACCGCUAUAUGCCAGCUUGAAUAAGAAACUCGUGUGGAAUAGCGAUCUGGAUGCGGAUGUAACCAAUGAAGUAGCCACCAUUGGAGGCAAGUCUGGUGUUUCGCGGUAUUCAUCCCUAAUGAUGGAGUCUGUAAACUAUUUGCAUAUGCAGCGCAUUUGGGUGGUACCCGAGUGUCCCAAAUACUACACCAUCUCAUAUGUAUUGCCCAGAAACUCACCCUGGGAGGAGGCCAUCAAUGCACAGCUGCUCCUCCUGCUUAGCGCUGGCCUCAUACCCAAAUGGAUUGAUGAUCAAAAGUUCAGAGUGACGAUCAAAACGCGCACAGCCCUCAUCCGAUCCGAGGCGGUGAGCAGUGAAGUUCGUGUCCUCACCAUUGGUGACCUGCAGCUUGCCUUCUAUGUGGUUAUCGGUGGCACAUUGCUUGCUCUAUUGGGAUUCAUCGCGGAGCACGCCUUGGUCAGGCACCGAUUGCAUAAGGCCACCAAGAAUCCUUAA